AUGGUCGGCAAGGACGUGCAGGUCGAUGGCAUCCUCACCUCAGGCUGCCCUGAGGUCUUGGCAGCCACGCCUGGACGACUGCUGGACCUUCUUGGCUUGGGUGCUCUGACACUGGCCAGCGUCAGCUUCCUCGUGCUGGACGAGGCCGACAAAAUGCUGCAGCUGGGCUUCGAGGACCAGCUGGACGCCAUCGCCAAGGCCAUCCGACGGGACCGCCAGUGCCUUCUUUUCUCGGCCACCUUCCCACUGCGCCUGCGCCAGGCUGCGGACCGCUGGCUGACCAGUAAGGACAAGGUGGUCAUUCGCGUCGGUGCCGUCGACAUCGGUGGCGCGGAAGAGGGCGAGGAAGCUGCAGAACAAGGUGAUGCUCGAAUUGAAGCGGCUUCCGGGAGCAGGAGCAGCGAGUUGGCCUCCACCCUCACCGUCAGCAAGUCAAUCGAGCAAAUUGUCCACGUCUGCGCGGAGCACAAGAGGUUCCGGAAGCUCAUAAGAUUCAUGGACAAGAUCCGGCAAGAGGAGAAAGACCAAGGAGUGCGACAGCGCGCCUUGGUCAUCGUCUUCUGCAACACCAUCAAGACCUUGAAGGCCGUCGCCAGCUUCCUGGGCAAGCACAAGCAUCCCUGCGCGCCCCUGCACUCGGGCAUCCCACAGGCCAAGCGUGAGAGGGCGCUGAGCGAGUUCAAGGCCGGGAGCCUCCAACUUCUGAUUGCUACGGACGUGGCCGCCCGGGGCUUGCACGUGAAGCACUUGCGCUACGUCAUCAACUACGACUUUCCUCCAAACCUCGAGCAGUACUGCCAUCGUAUCGGCCGAACGGGCCGGGAUGGCGAGUCUGGGACCGCCAUGUCCUUCUUCACGAGGAACAUGGCCCCUUUGAGCCGUGACCUGGUCCUUCUCCUGGAGCGGAGUGGACAGAAGGUCGAUCAACAUCUGCGUGCCCUAGCAGAAGGCAAAGAUGGCCAGCCUGCAGGCAGUGAUGAGGACAGCCACGAGGAGGCAGGUGCCGAAAUUCCGGCAGCCAAGAUGCAGGAGCCUGCGGAGGAG